AUGGGAAAUCGAGGGAAAGGUUUGAGCAAGGGGAAGGGUGGGAAGAAUGGCAAGGGAAAGAAGGGCAAGAAGGGCGGCGGCGGCGGCGCCUCCAAAUGGGGAGAUGAAGGCGCCGGUCGGGAGGACGAGCAGCAGGGCCAGCCAGUCAAGAAGAAGAGACGCUUGACACAGGAGGCCCAAGACCGACAGCGACGGAUGAAGAUCAUGGAGCUCAACAGAACCAAGGACCGCGAGCAACGGCAGCGGCUGAGCCAGUCCAACACCACGGACCCGGCCGAGGUCCUCGUCACCAAGCCCAAGAAGCGGAAGCGGAAGAAACGUCCUCGCGGCGAUAAGCCUCCCGCCGCCGCCGCCGGUCGACACGUCUUGUACUACAGCAGUAGCGACGAUGACAACGUGGCAGGGGGCAAAGAGGAGGAGGAGGAAGAGGAGGCCAAGGGUGGGUUUGACGCGGGGCUUGCGAGCUACAAGAAACUCUUGUCUGCGCUGGAGGCGGGCGGGAGCGGCGAAGACAAGGACCUCGCGGCAGCGGUCGUGGCAAGACGCAUGCAGCGGGAAGGGCGGGACAACAGCUACGGAAGCAGCAGCUCCUCCGGUAGCGACAGCGGGGAAGGGGAGGAGGACGGCAAGGAAGAGGAGGAGGCGGACGACGACGAUAGCGACAAUAGCGGACAAGAGGGAGAAGGAGUCGACGGAGAGGGAAACGAUACCAAAGAGCACGGGGACACCGGCGAAGAGAAUCUGAACGGAGGAACGCCCAACAGGAGUUCAACCCACGAUGUCAACGUGGAGAGCGAUAUCGGUGACGACAGCAGUGAUGACGACGCGGGCGCGGCGGGGGAGGGGGGGAGGGCGGCCGGUCGCAGCAGAGACGAGUUCUGCCGGCACUUCGUCUCCACCUCUGUUUUCCCGCCGGAGAAGGCGGCGGAACUUUCCUCCAAUCGCGGGCGGCCCUCGUUCAAGCCCCUGUCCUCGAGUGCGGCGCGGAGCAAGUGGGACGCGGCGGGGCUCUCCGCCGCCGCCUCUCGCAAGGCGGCGAAACAAGAAGAAAAUGACGGUGACGUUGUUGUUCCCCCGCCCUUGCCCAAGGGGGCCAGCGUCUCCGCCGAACUGGGGGUACUUCCCUCCUUGGAGCGGGGCUGGGAGGCGUGCAACGACGGGGCCCCGGCGUCGAAGCUGCAGUCCUUGCUGCUGCCAUCUCUGACCGGGUAUAGGGACAUGCUCUACUGCGGGUGGCGGGACGAGGAGGCGGAGGAGAUCAGGCGGUGCUACGCGCUGCACGCUCUCAACCACGCCCUCACCUCGCGGCGCAGGGUAGUCAGGCACACCGCUCGUCUGCGCAAGGCGGCCGAGGAGGCUCGGGUAGCCGAGGCGCUGGCCCGGGCAGCCAAAAAAGAAACCAGCUCUGGCGCCGGCGAUGAUGCGGAGCAAGACAGCAACGGCGGUGGCACAGGGGGCCAGGACCAGUCUCGAAAAAAGAGGGGCGGUGGAAAGGGGUCGGAGACACUGACCGUUGGUAGCAACAGCGGGUCGUCGUCCUCUACUGGCAAUGGUGCCGCUUCCGGGGGGGGGGCAGCGGCGGCGGUAAUCAGCAAGAAGGCUACGGUGGACUCGGAGUCGGACGACUGGCAGCGGGACCAGGGCUUCACCCGCCCCAAGGUCCUUAUCCUCCUGCCCUUCCGAGGCCUCGCACACGAGGUGGUGGAGACGAUGAUCGAGUUGCUGGGCCCCAAGACGGUGACGGUCAACAAGGACCGCUUCGACGAGGAGUAUGGCCCCGACGGCCACGACGACGGAGAGGGCGACAUCGAGGGGGCGGAAGCAGACGGCACCAAGCGAGGAAACGCCAGGGCGGAGCGCGCCAAGGCCGUCCUCGAGCGCAAGCCCGGAGACUGGAAGGCUCUGCUAGGGGAGGGCCGCAACGUCGACGACAUGUUCACCCUCGGCAUCUCCUUGUCGCCGGGGGGCGGCAAGGGCAAGCCCGGGGAGGGGAGAGGGGUGGGCGUGCGCCUCUACUGCGACUUCUACAACAGCGACAUUAUCAUCGCCUCUCCGGUGGCGCUGCACCGUGCAUCCGUGCCGGGAGACGGCGGAGAGGGAGACGGCAGCGGUGGUGUUGACUCGGACUUCUUGUCGAGUGUAGAGGUCUGCAUCCUGGACAGGGCGGACGUGUUUCUGAUGCAGAACUGGUCGUACGUGCCGGACAUCGCGGAGGUUCUCAACUCGAGGCCGACCGGGGAGCGGGCGUCGCGCGCGGACUUCUCCAGGGUGCGGCCGCUGUUCUUGCACGAACAGGGAAGGCUCUUCCGGCAGACGCUUGUCUUCAGCGCCUUCCAGGACCCCAACCUGAACGCCUUUGCAUCGAGGCAUCUACGGAAUCACGACGGCGUCGUCAAGGUCUCAAGACCCAGCGGAGACGGGCACAUCUGCGAGGUGGCUCUCCAAGCCAAGCAGGUGUUCCAGCGAGUGCCGUGCAAUUCUCUCGUCACCCAGGACGACUCGCGCUUCGACUACUUCGUGGGCACGGUCCUGCCGCAGGUGCUGAGGGCCAAGCAAACCCACACGGCGGUGUUCAUCCCGUCCUACUUCGACUACGUGCGGGUGCGGAACCACCUCAUGAAGAACAAGGCCAGCGUCGUGAACGUUCACGAGUACUCGAGAGGCUCAGAGGUGGCACGAUCUCGAGCGAGGUUUUUCCGAGGGGACCGCGACCUGCUCCUCUACACCGGUCGCGCUCACUUCUUCAACCGGUACUGCAUCCGCGGCAUCCACCACCUGAUCUUCUACUCCCUGCCGGAAUGCCCGCAGUUCUAUCCCGAGAUGGUCAACCUGCUCGAGGAAGCGGAGAGCGUGACAGCAGUUACAUGUCUCUCACUCUUCACGAGGUUCGAGCGGCUAAGCCUCGAGCGCAUCGUGGGCGAGGAGCGUGCGGGACACAUGCUUGCCUCCGCUAAGAACACCUUCCUCUUCUGCUAACGCUAUCGUUCACAAGGAUCUGCCAAGUCUUAUGGGACCCUCAUGCCGCUUGCAGCAGCGUUGUCGUGUGUUGGGUGUCAGCGUUUUCAUCAUCGGCACCUUGAGUUUGGCGUGAUGCGACUGACAAGCCCGCCGGUCUUUGCUUUCAGAUGGCUCGGCAUUGUUAAAUACGUCCAAGUAGUCGUAUUGCUUGCUUUUGAACAACAGCAGCAGCAGCAGUGCGUUGACCCGCUACAGCGUAUUUCGGGACAGGGGUUAAACUUUGCUGAUGUGCCUUGGUGAUUCUGAUUGCAAGUUGCUGUCGGUUGGUUGGUGUACCUGCCUCCGGGUUCUUCUGGAAAACGUAAUAACAUUAGCCAUCAAUUACUCGUUGGCCUUCUGUCUUCACUCAAAAUUGUUGAUUACACAGCAGCAGCAGCAGUAGUGCAGCAGUACAGCUGUGUCUUCUCCGUCGACCUCUACUCCUGGCGAAAUCUCCCCCCCUCCGCCUUCCCUCGUCACACCGGAAACAAAGCUAUCGCCCUACAAUAAACCGCGGCGUCUUUUCCCCUCUCCAAAUGGUUGAAAAUAGCACCCAGGGCGUUCCGUUCCGCUGAGUGGCAGAGGGUGUCCGUCUUGAUUUUCCGUGGGGGCGUGGCCGCUUUGCGCUGUUAGCGGGGCUUUCUGGUUUCGUUUCCGACAUCAUCUUUCUCCUUUAUAGGGCUAGGGCAUGAUCCUCUCGUUGGCGCUUCCGGGACAACACAAAAGCAUGCAGCCGUUUCUUUCCGCAACCAACUGGCGACAAAUCCGUACGUAACUUCAGGCCAGGCUAGAUACGACACAUUCUCUGGUCCACCCCUUUUCCCAAUCACAUCGCAUCGUACUUGUUGAUUUUUUCCGUAUUUCGCUUUCUAGACGUGUUCAAGAUCGGUAAGAUCGGAUCACACACGCAAAAAAAAAAACGAGAACAAGCACGAUUAUUCUCCCCCCAAGGCUACUUAAAUAACAUCGAGACGGGUCUCAAUUGGUCUUAGAGUUCGUGUAUCAAAUCAAGGCCAUGCACAUCUCCACCACCGGUUGCCGUCGAAAACCGAGAAAAAAUUAAGGGGUAUCAGUUGUUCUUGACGAAAUCUGAGCCCUUCUGCGCCAUCUUUACGAGAGCUGGUACGUUGUCGUCCACGAGGGCUUGCUCGAAGGACGAAAGGUUGCCGAACCCGUGGACCUUGCUCACGCCGUCCUUGCCCAA